AUGACUUGGAAACCUCGCUACUUCGAUAUCGGAGUCAACUUCUCCGAUCUGAUGUUUCAAGGAUGCUACAAUGGUUCCAAAACUGCCAAACACCCCGCUGACGUAGCUGAGGUGGUGGCUCGGGCUCAGACUUUCAAUGUUUCCAAGAUGCUCAUCACGGCGUCGUCGAUUGCAGAAAGCGAAGAGCAUUUUGAGCUUGUCGAGAAUUAUAAGUCCCAUUUUGGCCUGACAGUGGGCGUCCAUCCAUGUACGGUGGCCCAGGAGUUCUACGGAGGCUUGGAUAAACUGGAACCAUUGGAUAGUUUAGAUGAAAAACUCGCCAGAUUGAAGACCUUGACCGAAGAAGGUGUUGCUAAAGGCUUCGUCAAAGCGUUUGGCGAGAUCGGCUUGGAUUAUGACAGAUUGCACUAUUCCACCGAGGCCCAACAGCGAGCCAUGUUCAAAGCUCAAUUGGAGGUGGUGGCAUCUCUUCAACACUUGAACCUCCCGUUGUUUCUACACAUGAGAAACGCUUGUGACGACUUUGUCUCAAUUAUCUCUCCAUUCAUUGCAUCGGGAGCCAUUAAGAAGGGCAAUGGUGUGGUGCACUCAUUCACAGGAUCCAAGGACGAGCUAGCCAAAAUCUUGGAUCUUGGAUUCUACAUUGGAGUUAAUGGCUGCUCUCUCAAAACCCAGGAGAACUUGGACGUGGCCAAACUGAUUCCAAUGGAUAAAUUGCUUAUAGAGACAGAUGCUCCGUGGUGUGAAAUUCGCAAGACUCACGCCGCAUACUCUGUUCUCACUCCAUACCCUAACUUAUUCUAUCCAGAAAUUACACUUCCCGAGGUGGAAUCCCCUCAAAUAAAAGAACUAGAGGAGGUAAAUCAGAAGAAGAAAAAGCAGCCUCCAUCCAAGAAGCAACAGCCGAUAAAAAUGGACGAAUUACUCCCAUUUCCAUCGAUCAAGAAGGAGAAUUUCGAGAAACAUAGAAUUCUGGUGCAACAGAAACUAGAGAACUUGGGCGAGGCUCCGACGACGAUCAUUGGUGAAUUUGCACAUCCCUUGAUCAAAUCUAGAAACGAGCCUGUUUUCGUGGGUCUUGUGGCGGAAAUAAUGGCCAGUUUGUAUGGCUUGAAGUCUGACGACGAAAUUCGCAACUUCAUCGAUACCGUUUACGAAAACUCAUGCAAGCUCUUCCAAAUAUAA